CGGCAGGUGGCUGAAGACGAAAAUACCGAGGUUCACGAGCGCUUUCGACCACCCGAGAAGGGUCGCUCCAGAACCAAGGCUCUCCACCCUUCUCUGCCGUCAUCUUGAAAAUCACCCCUUCACCCUUCUCUGUGCCGGAGACGCAUUUCCUCCACCCAUCCUUCCCUCUUUGAUUUUAAGCCAGAAGCGACCUACACAAUAUUCUCGCACCAACAACGACUGACUCUUUGUUGCUCCGACAAAUACGCGUGGGGCUGGUGUGUGUGGGCGGCUACCGAGGCCGGGCAUCGACCAGUUUGCGACCUGUUCGCUGUGACCCGCUGUUGCCACCCCGGAAACCCUUGUCCGCCGGCUGAGCGCGCCUCUGUGCUUUUCUCAACAUCCCAGCAACAGCAACUCUCCCCCCGUUUGCAACACGAUGGCAUCGCCGCCAAAACCGUGGGAAAGACCAGGCGCAGCGUCUGGAACGACUGCAACUCUUUCUUCCCCAUCCUCAGCCGCUCCAGCUGCGACAACAACUGCGACUCCCAACGCACUUUCCAAUCCCGCCAUGGCGACUUCCACCACAACCGCGUCCGGUGCCCCGCCGAUACCGCCAGUUCCGGCCUCUCUGACCUCUUCGGUCACACAGAACGCGGCUGCUUACAGCAGGCCAUACGCCGCCUCGCCCUAUGGCGGAGGUUACGGUUCAGCCUACUCGUCGCCCUACUCAUCACCAUACAACAGAUAUGGCACUAUGGGCGGUAUGGGUGGUUAUGGGGGCUAUGGAAGUAGCAUGUAUGGAGGCAUGGGUGGAUAUGGUGGCGGCAUGUACGGAGGAGGCAUGUACGGGGGCGGGAUGCCAGGAGACCCAAACAACCCGGAAAGUCUCACCAACCGCUUCAACAUGAGCACCCAGGCCACCUUCCAGAUGCUCGAAGGCAUUGUAGGCGCUUUCGGAGGAUUUGCCCAGAUGCUGGAGAGCACUUACAUGGCCACGCAUUCCAGCUUCUUCGCCAUGGUAUCUGUGGCCGAACAGUUUGGAAACCUACGUGACACCCUCGGCUCAGUCUUGGGUAUCUUUACCCUGAUGCGUUGGAUUCGCACCCUGAUCGCCAGGAUUACAGGCAGACCCCCACCGGUGGAUGCCACAGCCCUCACGCCCGCUGCGUUCGCCCGCUUCGAGGGCCGCAAGCUUCCCGACGGCAGCGCCCCACCCAAGCCCAGCCGCAAGCCUCUCUUCUUCUUCCUCCUCGCCGCCUUCGGCCUUCCGAUGAUCAUGAGCAGGAUUAUCCGAGGGCUGGCUGCCAGCGCUGAAGAAGAGGAGCGCAAGCGCCAAAUCAUGGCUGCUCAGCAAGUUGUUGACCCCAACAAUCUUGUCUUCUGCCGCGUGCUCUACGACUUUACCCCUGCCAAUAGCGGUCCGGCUGCCGUUCAGGGAGUCGAUAUCCAGGUGCACAAGGGCGACUUUGUUGCCGUCCUGAGCAAGAGCGAUCCCAUGGGCAACCCAAGCGAGUGGUGGAAGUGCCGCGCUCGCGAUGGAAGAAUUGGAUAUCUCCCUGCGAAUUUCCUCGAAGUUAUGCGCAAACCCAACGAGCCUAUCGCUGCCAUCAAGAACACCCCCGCCAGCGAGAGCAGUAGAACUAGCUCCUUGACCAGCUCCGUCAGCGCCCCUGGCACGCUCAGCACGAACCCCCUGAAGGCCCCCCCGAUGCCGACAACCAAGGUUGGCGACGUGACCGUGGAGAGCUUCCAGAAGUCAACGUUCCAAUCUUAGAAGGAGGCCAAUGUCAUACCUGGACCUGUUAUCAGUACGCACUCGGCACAGCCGGUUCCUGCUUCUGCGCAUCCAAGCCGACGCUCUCAUUCUCAGCCAGAGCUUUCCAUCAUUUUACAAGAGUUUAGGAAGACGAGGAUGACUCCAGUGCCGCGCUACGAUACGCAGUCGGGAACUAUGGUAUACGUGAAUCCCCUGACCGGGGCCCCUCUAAUGAAUGGAAACCCGGUUGUGCAUUACCAAGAUCCUUCACAACAGGCUGCCCACAAUCCUCGACAGGGACUCUCGCUUGAAGAUUUACUUCGGAUGGGCAAUGUGAAGCAUGCGAAGCGGGUGAAGAAGGCGAAGACGACGUUCUGAGACCGUACAACAACAGCAGCAUUACAGCCUUUCUCUCUUUUUUGUCUGUAUUUCAGCAGCAACAAACCCGACUAUUAAUAUCCCACGAACUCGAUGUACCGCGACGAAGGUCAUAACGUCAGCAUAUCUUACCGAUGCGAGUCCGAUCUCUUUUUUGGCAAAGAGGGAGGGGGGGAGGAUGACGGAACGAAGGAAGGAUAGGAAGGAGUGGGAAACGGGUUAACGAAA